AGUUUUGGUGACACGAGGUUACUUAACAGACCUAUUCCUUUAACAGGUCUCCGUGUAGGUGGGCUCCAUGGAGCACAGAUAAGAGAUACAGAGAGAAUAGGUAACCAGUUAGGGGCCCUGGUACAUCAAAGGGCUGUAAUAACAGAAGAUUUCAAAGUGCCUGAUAAAAUGGUUGGAUUUAUAAUCGGCAGGGGAGGUGAGCAGAUCUCACGGAUUCAGGCAGAGUCUGGCUGCAAAAUCCAAAUCGCUCCAGAUAGUGGUGGCAUGCCUGAGAGGCCCUGUGUGCUCACCGGGACGCCAGAGAGCAUUGAACAAGCAAAACGGCUACUGGGGCAGAUUGUAGAUCGCUGUCGGAAUGGACCUGGCUUUCACAACGAUGUUGAUGGCAACAGUACGAUUCAGGAGAUUUUGAUCCCGGCAUCCAAAGUGGGUCUAGUCAUCGGCAAAGGAGGUGAAACAAUAAAACAGUUGCAGGAGCGAACGGGUGUGAAAAUGAUUAUGAUCCAAGAUGGCCCAUUGCCUACUGGAGCAGAUAAGCCCCUCCGCAUUACUGGAGAUGCAUUUAAAGUACAGGUAUGUAAUAAAAGUAAGCUGCUGCCCCCUGAGAACUGAGUAGUUUAAGCACUAGCAUACUA